GAUGUCAUCAAGGCAGUGAGUAAGGCCACAGACGAAGUGGCUGGUAUUUUUCACUAAAAACGUAAUAUUAGGAAAUAAAAAUGACAUCAAGAGAAGACACCAAAUCGUACCUUUCUCGGAGGGAGAUACCUCAGCUUUUUGAGAGUCUCAUGACAGGGCUGAUGUACAACAAGCCUGAGAACCAUGUAGAAUACAUGCUCAAUUGUCUGCAGAAGGUCCAAGGUAGCCCAGAGAAGACCAACGCUGUCAAAUGGAACACAUUUGUGGAGAACGUAAAGCGGACCCCCAGUCCCCUGCCACCAAUCCAGCUCGACAAUGGAGCGAGGCAGCCUACAUUCACUACAGAACCGAGCCUUGCAGAUAUGAAGCGAUUAAGCCCCCUGCCUCCAAUUUCUCCUAAACCAAAUCUGGCCCAUGUACGAAUAAUCUUGGUCAUUGGCGGGCCUGGCAGUGGAAAGGGCACGCAGUGUGCAAAGAUAGCCGAGCGUUACCAAGGCUACAUCCAUCUAUCGCUGGGGACGGCUUUGCGGAGGAAGGUUGCUAAGUUCUUGGAAGACGAUUCAUGGAAGAGUGUGGCUGACCUGAUCAAGACAGGAGGGCUAGUCAAAGAUGACGACACUUAUGAGAUCCUUCAACACAAGAUCGAGAAGAAGUUGAAGAAAUACCCAACGACUCUUGGAUUCAUCAUUGAGGGUUUCCCACGAACCAUGUCCCAAGCCAAGCUAUUCCAAGAUAAGUACGGAACCCCCGACCUUGUCAUCUCGCUGGACUGCGAUGAAGUGCGUCUCAAGUACCGUCUUGAGAAGAGGAAGGAUACUAGUGAGAGAGAGGAUGAUAAAGAAGAAGAUGUGGUUGCUAGGCGACUGGAAGCUUUUAGGGAGCAGACGUUGCCCGUCGUCACUCAUUACAACGCCAAGGAUGGCCUUCUUAGAGGAGUAAAUGCAGACCGGGAUGAGGAUGAAGUGUUCUUUGAUGUUGCAAACAUGAUUGACAGUCUCUUCUUCUCACCCAAGACACCAGCACCACCAGGUACACCUGGGAAAUCCAGUCCACUCCCUCCAAUCAAAAGCCAGAAAGAAGAUCAAACAAGUCAAGAGCAAUCACAAGCAGAGGCUGAAAAGGAAGCUCUUGUUGAUGAAGCAGUUGCAUUACUCAACAGUGGAGUUUCUGUGGAUUUGGUUGUGGAGCCUGCUGUGGAGAAAGUUGAUUCAAAUGUAACAGGGGGAGGAGAAGAUGGCAAAUCAGAAGUGGUAGAAGAAGCAAUAACUGCAGAACAAUCACCAGUGACAGGAGGUGAUGAUAGCACACUGCCCUCUACAGAUGGGAGUGCAGAAGCCAAGCUGAAAGAUGCUAAGAUCAUUUUUGUUGUAGGGGGACCAGGCUCAGGCAAGGGCACACAAUGUGCAAACAUUGUUUCCAAAUAUGGCUUCACCCACCUGUCCAGUGGUGACCUCCUGAGGGCAGAGGUUGCGUCAGGGUCAGAUCGGGGCAAGGAACUGACAGAGAUCAUGGAAAAGGGACAGCUUGUACCUUUGGAUGUCGUGUUGGCACUGCUGAAGGAGAAGAUGAUCGCAGUUGCUGAGACAUCGACCGGUUUCUUGAUUGACGGGUACCCCAGGGAAGUGGAACAAGGAGCAGAGUUUGAAAAGCAGAUUGGAGAGUGCACGUUCACACUCUACUUUGAGGUGUCAGAUGAAACCAUGACAGCGAGGCUCUUGAAUCGUGCAAAGACCAGCGGACGGGUCGACGACAAUGAAGAAACGAUAAAGAAGAGGCUGGCAACGUUCCACGAAUCGACCAAACCUGUCGUAGAUUGCUACACAGAGAAGGGAAAGCUCAAGAUGGUCUCUGCUGAGGCAGGUUCAGAGGAGGUCUUCGUCCUGGUGAAGGAGAUCUUCGAUGGAUGCGGUUUCAAGGCUCUAGAAGAACCCCAGACCACAGAGGAGGCUGCACCUCCCACAGAGGGCGCCACUGAGGCAACUGAAGCACCGGCUGAAGCACCCACUACAGGGGAUGCACCGACAGAGGAACCAGCAGUCGAAGCAACAACUGACGCCCCUGCAGAGGCACAGGCCGAUGCACCUGCUGUGGCACCAGCAACCGAAGAGGCACCAGCAGAGGCACCAGCAACCGAAGAGGCACCAGCAGAGGCACCAGCAACCGAAGAAACACCGGCAGAUGCACCGGCAGAAGAGGCACCGGCAGAAGAGGCAGCACCUGCUGAUGGUGCAGCGGAGACUGAGAAAGUGGAGGAGGCCAAGGCUCCUGCUCCCAAGGAUUUCUUCUUUGUCGUUGGUGCCCCCGGCACUGGCAAGAAAGCUGUAGCUAAGGCCCUGGCCGAGAAGAUGAACUUCAAGCACCUCUCUGCAGGCAGUGUCCUCUCUGACUCCUCCAACCUUGAUCAGGGAAUGAGUGAAGCCAUUGCUGCGGCUCUGGCUCAAGGGUCACUGGUCGCUACAGGCAUCCUUCUCAGUAUCCUCGGGAGGGUGGUGGAGGCUAACAGUGAUGCUGCAGGGUUUGUCCUAGACAGCUUCCCCAAGUCAAUGGAGCAGAUUGUUGCCUUUGAUGAAUCGAAAAUUGGCAGGGUGACAGGUUUCAUCCACCUGGAUGGCACCCGGGAGGAGGCAGAGGAGAGCUUGAAGGGGAAGAAGGAGGCAGGAGAACGGGGAGAGGAGACAGAGGAGGUCGCCAAGAACAAGAUGGAUGCCUUUGAGAAGGAGGCUCCUGCAGUGGUAGAGCAUUACGAGAAGAACAACAUCCUCAAGAAGUUUUCAUUCAAGGAGGUUGCUAACGAUCUUUCAACCGUCCUCGACGCGGUGUCAGCCUUAAGUGGAGAAUAAGCCUCGUCCCCGGCCCCCAAUACCACUUUAUAUUUUCAUCAAAUUGGCAACUUUUAUAUUUUUUUUAUUUCUAUAAUGUUGUAUAUAAUAUUUAAAUGAAAAUUGUGUUUCUUAAAGAAAAUAAAUGGACAUCAUCUUUCAAAAUUAAAACUAUUUGUAUGGAAAAAAAAAAAAAAAAAAAAUCCAG